AUGGGAAGGAAAAAAAUUAGCAUUACUAGAAUUGGUGACGAACGUAAUCGUCAGGUCACCUUUACGAAACGGAAAUUUGGUCUUAUGAAAAAAGCUUAUGAACUUAGCGUUUUAUGCGACUGUCAAAUAGCUUUAAUAAUUUUUAACUCCAAUAAUAAGUUAUUUCAAUACGCAAGUAGCGAUAUGGAUUCCAUUCUACUGCGAUAUACACAAUUUAAUGACCCACAUGAAAGUCGUACAAAUGAUGACAUAAUAGAGAAAGACAGUAAAGGAUUGGAUUCUGGAGAUGACGAGCCCGACGUAAGUGUGAUAUAUUACACGCUUACUCCUAACACCGAAGCCAAAUAUAAUAAAAUUGAUCAAGAGUUUGAACGCGUUAUUCGUAAUCCUUUACAAGGACCGGUAUUGAACGAUAAAUAG